GUUCUACAAUUUCGUACAGAUGGCAGGAGAAUUGAAUAUCUCACCUCAUAAAAAAGCUAUGAUUACGACCAUGAAGCUUUUGUUGGUAAUCCUUGUACGAAUUUAGUUUGUUUUGAAAUAUUUGUCAACAUGAAUUUAGGUAGUAUUGUGUCUCUAGAUUGGCAACGUUCAGCAGAAGGGGAAACUAUAUUGCAGCACUUUUAUGAUCCUCAGACCACAGGAAGAAAAGUUUUCGGUGUAUUAGAUAGACCUGGUCUGCCAUCUAGCAUUGAAGAAGUAUCUUACAAGUUGCAUAUUACUGGAAGAUCCAGUGUUGGAAAAACAGCUACAGUAGCACGUCUGUCUGGCAUCAAAUGCCCAAGUACAUAUACAGAGACAGCAGGCAUACAGAAAACUAAUAUAUUUUGGCCUGCUAAGAUUUGGGACAAAAUAAUCUUAUUUAAACUACAUUUCUGGGAUGCUGGUGACAAUAGCAUCAAGAGAUUCAGCCAUAUUCUACCGGCCUGCAAAGACAAAGCUGAUGCCAUCGUAUAUGUUUUCUCCUUCUUGGACAAUAAUACCUUUGCAGAAUUACCCCAACAAAUGAACAGAAUGUCACAGACAGGAGAAAACCCAACUAAUAUUGUUAUUGGAACAAGAUAUAACCCAACCAACAAAUUGGAUGUCUCCUCUGCAGAUGUUAAAGAAUUUGAACUAAAGUGGCAAGUUCCUGUUCUCAAGAUAGAUAACACGUGGUCAGGAAGCAGAAGUGACAGUGAAGUGCAUGAAGUAGCUUUAUUGCUUAACGUCAUAUGUGAGCGGCUGUGGAUGCGGGACCAGGAUUACUUACUGAAACAAGGACUUACAAGAUAAUUGUCACUUGUGCCACCACUUUUGACUAAGUGAGGACAUGAAAGUCACAAGCAAAUCAACACUGAAUUUGAUUUCCAUUCAGGUUUUACCUCUGGUGAUACCUGCACCUUGUCGU